AUGCCUCGUCGAUCUUUUAUCAUUGCCAUCAACACAGGUGGUAUCGUAUUAGGUGCUUAUAGAUAUCAUAAUAAUUCGCCUGUUCUGCUUGGUUUCGUAUUAUCGUUUGCAGGCAUUCUCCCGAGGAAUCCAAGACCAUUUGCAGGUCGACUGCAUAUGGAAUGGUGGCUUGAUUCUCUACAUGUCCGUCAAUGCUUGGGCCUGGAAAUAUCAAAUGCGCAUGUUAUUCCUGAACUAAAGGUCAUCGAUGAAGUGACAGUUCCAGCUGAGACGGGAGAAUGGAAACGUAAGGGAGAUGUACGCGCUAUCAAUGCUUAUAAAGUAAUUGAUGAAAAACUAUUAGCAGCCUUUAAUCAUGGGCUCAUUGUUGUGGGAUUCCGAAUUAAAUCGGAUGGUACUUCAGUUUAUGAGCUUGGUAUUUUUAACGAAAAUAAGUUAUGAUGUCGUAACCUAUUCACUUUCUAAUCAUUUAAGUGAAUCAUCACGCCCGAUUUCAUGUGGAGACACAGUUAAUCGUUAUUUGACUAAUGUUUCAUCAAAGUUGACUUGAAGUGAGAAUGUAUAUAAUCGAUUUUUUUUUUGAUCUUAUUCGAUUUGAUUAUAAUACAACCUUUAUAUUUUUUUUUCUGAAUCGAAAAGAUAUCACUAAUGAUCGAUCAAAAUUUAUUUCGAAACAGAUUCACAAGGGUGUGGGUGUGGGUGUGAAUGUGAGGGUGCGGGGUGUGGGUGUGGGUGUGGGGUGUGAGUGUGGGUGUGAAUGUGAGGGUGUAGGUGUGGGGUGUGGGUGUGGGUGUGGGUAUGUGGGUGUGGGUGUGGGUAUGUGGGUGUGGGU